AUGGUCAAACUCACCAUCGCCGCUGUGCCUCUCGCACUCGCCGCCAUCGCUUCGGCCAAGCCUGACUUUGAGAAGCGUCAAGCUUCGGGCUCCGGCUCGUCUGGCUCCGCGACCCGAACGGGUUCGGGGGCCUCUUCUUCUGCUGCCACCGGUGGCGCUUCGGCCGCCCCCACCUCGACCUUCACCGGAACUCUUCCUGCUUCCGUCUCGUCCAUCAUUGCCGGCAUCUCUUCCGGUUUCGGCGACACCACCUCCACCACCUCGCUCUUCACCACCUAUCCUGCUGGUGCCAGCAACCCGCAGGUCACCGGCGCUCCUGGUCUGCCCAACCUCAACUCGAUCCUUCCUUCCAACUUCCCUGCGCUCGAUGUCGUCCCUCCCACCGACUCGGCUCAGGUGCAGCAGUGGAUGUCUCAGAUCGACUUCUCCCAGGUUCCCAACGUCACCACCACUGUAGACUCCGCCUCGUGCAGUGGCAACCCCACCAACCUCGCACAAGCUGGUGCUAGCGGAAAUUGCUGGUGGACGUGCGGUCAAUGCACCCGUUCCACCGACAUCACCACCUGUCCCGACCAAAACACCUGGGGCCUCUCGUACGAUGACGGCCCUUCGCCCUACACCCCGACUCUGCUGCAGUACCUCAACCAGAACAACAUCAAGUCUACCUUCUUCGUGGUCGGCUCGCGUGUCAUCUCGCGUCCUCAGAUGCUUCAGACUGAAUUCCAGCAAGGUCACCAGAUUUCAGUCCACACCUGGUCGCACCACGCCCUCACCACGCUCACCAAUGAACAGAUUGUCGCUGAACUUGGCUGGUCCAAGGAGGUCAUCCGCUCCGUGAUUGGCGUCACCCCCAACACCAUGCGUCCUCCUUACGGCGACAUCGAUGAUCGUGUUCGUGCCAUCUCGCUCCAGAUGGGUCUCACUCCUAUCAUCUGGACCACGCCCCCCGGACGCGCACCCUACGACACCAAUGACUGGCGUAUCGCUGCCGGUGUCGUCUCGCCUGCUGAGGUGGUAUACAACUUCGAGUCGAUCAUAAAGAAUGCCUCGUCGCUCUCCACCGGUUACAUUGUGCUCGCCCACGACCUGUACCAGCAGGCCGUCGACAUUGCCGUCAACGUCGUGCUCCCCGCUGCUAGGCAGAUGAGCCCCGCUCAGAGCCUCAUGCCCAUUGUCCAAUGCCUCAAGAAGCCUGCCUCGGAUGCCUACGUCGAGACCUACUCUAACAGCUCGGGCGCUCUUCCCAACGAGGUCGGCACCACGGGUACCCACACCAUCACCUCGAGCCGAGCUGCUGCUCCCGCUCUUUCUACGGGCAGCGGUGCCGCAGGCAGCGCCGGCUCCAGCACGGGCGGCCGCAACUUCUCGGCUGCCUCUCUCUCGUCGCUGCCUACCUUUGUGCUUCCCACCGCCGUGCUCGGCGCUGUGAUGCUCUUCUUCGGUCUCCUUGCUUAA